GGAUGAUGUAGGGCGGGCGACUCCACUCCCAUUGCGAAGAUGCAGAGCUACGCUGUGGGAUUCACCGUGCACGAUGCCGAGGGCCUCGUCACGAAGCGCGGGACGAUUGAUCCGGUAAGCGCAUGGAAGGCUGAUCACGUUUCUAUCUCCGUGUCGUAUGCGUGCCAGCUGGUGGUGGUGCGGUGCUGCGGCCGGGAAUAUCGCACCGAAGUGAAACGGUAAGCACCUUCCCACAUGGCUGGCUCGAUAACACCAGCCAUCUUGCUGUCUUGAUCUUCUGCCGCCACCAUCUAUUUGUCUGCAUUCAGCGGCAAAGCGUCUGUAGUGAGUUGGGAUGAGAAGUUCAUCUGGUCUCACAUGCCCCUCACCCGAGAGGUCACAAAAGGAGAGACAAAGGAAAUCUGAGACUCAGUGCCACGCGCCUCUACAUUCAUUUGGUGUCUGUGCAGGAGUGGGAGACGGCAUUCAUCGAGUUUGAAGUGCAGGUGAUGUCAAUGCAUUCCGUGGCAUGUCAAGCGAGGCACUCACUCCUGCGCGCAUCCGUCCAUCAAACUUUCUCUCAGGAUGCGAAUUCCUUCUGGCGCAACGAUGUCGUCGGCAUCGCAUCCAUACAACGUACGUAUUCGCUGGAUGGGUAUUCAGAUCGACUGACUGGUGAGGUCUCGUCUUUCUCUCUGUGUCAGUUGUGUUGGUGAAUCGGCGUCCCUCUCACCAAGUGCGACGGAGGCGGCUGUCCCUGUUCGACAUCGAAGACACCGCCAAGAAAAGAGUGAGAUGCCUAGCAUAGGCCUCUCGCUGCCACUCGGAUUGUUGGUCAUUUAUGCCAGGGCACGCUGACCGUGACUGUCUUCGCGUGUGAGCCAGGCCAGAGCCCCCCAAAUGCCGAGAUUAGACAGUUCGAGUGAGGGAAAGAAAGACGCUCCCGAAAGGGCUGGACAGAAAGGCUUUGCAUUGGUCUCUUGUUGGUUUGGUGCUGUCAGCGACUCUGGUGAGGUGCCUGAAGAGUCCUUUGAGGACCUCAGAAAAUUUGUGCUCGGGCGACAACGUGAGCAGUGAGAGCGCUCUGAGACGCCUCACAUCCUACCUACAUUCUAUGGAUGUCUGUCUUCAGGUAAGGAAUUGGAUGCGACUGGAAAGCCCUACCAUCUGUUCGUCACCGUGACGAGGAUUGAAGACCUGCCCCUCACGCCAGCUGGAGGUCAGCUGGCUGAAAUGAGAAUCGAUGAGGGGGUUGAUGUCGAUGAGAGCAGGUCUCAUUCUUCUUUCCUUCAGCGCUGCCCAACCCCUUCAUUACGGUCGAAUUUGGAAGUAGUGUGCUCAAAUCAGUGAGUUCAGGGGGAAGGCAAGCCCUUCACGACUGACAUGUCUCAUGUGUGUCUGUUAGUCAGACAGAGGCUUCGGGGACGACCCACACAUUCAAUGAGACAUUCAGGCUCCCAGUGAUCGCUCCCGUCCUCGAGGUAGCCAUUCAUUACACACACGCAAGUGCACGCACACAAGCAUAUCUUUGUUGUGUCUACCAGGAUACAAUUCUGGUUCGGGUGUGGGACCACCAAGGCAUGGCCAACGACUAUCUCAUCGCACAGGUAGUAAGCCAUACACGCAUAGGAGGAAGCCACGUCGUCUCAGGCAGAUGUCUCUCUCAUGCACGCAAUGAUCCAUCAGGGCAGGAUUUCCUUCUCGGAGCUGCGAGGCCAACAAUUGCAGCCACGGUCGGUCGGCACAAGAUGAUAUGUAUGUAUACUGCCCGAACGGAAUCCAAACAGUAACCAACUGCAUGUAUGUAUGCAGGUGGUAUAACUUCUACGGUUUCCUGCCUGGCGAGUCUCCUGCCCUAAUGCCUGAUGGCGGCGAGAUGGCGAGUGAGGGCAAUGUGUACCUCGGCCGCAUUCUCCUCUCGGCAAGGUUUGUUUGCACCUGUGUUGAGGAGACACAACUCAGCACCACAACAAAAGAGACAGCAUGAUAGACACAUUGGCAGGCCAUCUGUGGGCUGUGCUGCAGGCUGGAGCGUCUCGAAAGCAUCGCCAAGAUGCAGUCACUCGGGGUCCGUGCAAGACUCACGACACAAGAAUGGCACACGUUCAUCAAGGCACUGUCUGUUCUCUCGCAUCAGAUCCUCGUAGCGCGGCCCGUCGAGGAGCCUCAGAGGCGGCCAUGUCAGGUGUUGGCGGACGUCUACGAGGUGCACGGCAUCGAGGCGUCAUACGUCAGUGUGGAGGUGGCGUGGGGCCCAUACAGACAGCGGACGCCCAGAUGGGGUGCGCGGGUGGCCGGCAGCGAGGCCAGGUACCCUUUUGAGUACCGGGAAGGCAGAAUCGAGGUCUUGUCUGCACUGGUGGGCGGCAAAACGCUCAAAGAGUCGGGGUCCGGAUGGAUGGAUGGAUGAUGGUUGGGUUUGUCUGUUGUGUGUGUGUGCAGGUGCCUGUGGAUGAGGAGCAGCAGUGGGAGGUGAUCGUCAGUGUGUACAGCAGGACCAUGCAGCCCGGAGAGAGGCGAGUCGCAUACCAUCGAUUCACGUACACAAGCAAGCAAACGAACACUUGCACAGCCCCUUAUCUCUUGUGGCGGACACACAGCUUGGAGGAGCUGCCAAUUUUCACCGGCACGGUGCCUCAGCAGCCGCUGUGGAUUCCUCUGCACCCACUCACACACUACGGAACGAGGGGCACAAAACAAGUAAGACCACAGUCAUCUGUGCCUCUCCGCGUCUCGUCACAAGCAUGCGUGUCCCGGCAGUUGAGCGGCUCUGUGCUGGUUUCCCUGGAAAAAUCCUUCGCAGAGAACGUCAGUCGAGCAAGGUAUACAUGCAUCGGUAUCGCGACACAAGCACAGCUGAGUCGUCUCUUGCAAUGAUCCGCAGGCGGCCUCCAAUCUCCGUUGUGGAUUACGAGCUGCGAUGCUACAUCUACGCCGCUCGCUCGCUGGGCUUCCCCGCCACCGCACACACACUCACAGAGCCGCCCAACGCGCUUGUGGAGGUGUGUGAAGCACAAGGGAAGUCGACCGUUUCGUGCUGUGUAUGGCUUUUGCUCGUUUGUUGUGUGUGCGCAGGUGCACUGUGCGGGCGGGAAGGGUGAGACUGUCUGUCAGAGAAGUCACUACCCCGCGUGGAUGCAAAAUCGUCAAGAUUAAACUCAACCUCACAGUGAGGGAUGAUCAUCAUGCAAGCACCGACGUCUCUCUCAUUCACGCCUUUCUGUCCACACAGGUGGAUGUGUCGACCAGUGUGCCGUCCCUCCAGCCAGUGGAGCUGCGUGUGAUGGACCACCAUCGGUGGACCGGCCGCACACUCAUCGGCCAAGCAACCUGCAGAGUGGACAAACUCAGAGCAUCCGGCGCACCUGACGUCAGUCAGUCACACGCUGUGAACGAUUCAGUGGCUGGAUGAAUAAAUGCACUCGCCAUGUGCGCAUGCCCGCAGGACAAAAAGGCUUCUCCGGUGUUGCUCAAGAUCGACCCGCAGUGGGUGAAGCUGCGAGGCGGGCAUCACCUCAACGUCCACACGGGAGACCUUCUCUGCUGCUGCGAAGUCAUUCGGUCAGCCGGCAAGCGCAUACAAACAAUCAUGUCUCAGAAACGCUUUCACGCUUGUGUGUCUCCAUCAGUCUGAAGGAAGCGUCAAAGGUCGCUCCGAUGCCGAUGGUUCCCGAAUGGCGCCUGUGCACCUUCUACUUCUCCCUCUACGGCCUCGUCGGCCUCACCACCAAAGACGUCACCAGGACAGACAUCGGAGAGGCCAUCCUCGAAUCCCCACAUCGGCUGCUGUCGAUCAAGGGCGCCAUGGACUUCCUCAACAUGGCCGUCAGGCAAGUGCAAGGUCCGCAAGAAGCCGAGGAGGGGAAUGUCACCAAGCCACUCGUCGAGCUGUCCGUGACGAAGUAUGGCGAAAAGGGCGGCGAUGGCCUGCCGAUCGACGUGCCCGAGAUGGUGAUUGCGUCAGUGGAGUACGAUGAGGUGGUCGCAUGGGAUCCGCUGGAGAGGAAGCGCAAUUGGCGGACGGCUCGCGGCAAGUCAUUCGACUUCUUUGCCGUCGUCAAGGGAGACGCCAUGCUGCCGGAGCUACCGUUCCUCGAUCCAAGGCUCUUCAUCAAGGCAGGCAGGCCAGCAAGGGCCGUGUCAUUGGAUGGCCCCCAUCUGUCUGGGAAGUGCAGGUGUUCAGCCAGUCGCCCAAUGGCGACCGCACCUACAUCGGUCAGCACACCAUCCGGCUGCUGCCCCUCUGCCCGUGGCUCAAGAACAUCCAAGCCUGUGAGCUGGCCACCCGGGCUCAAGAGGAUUUCGUCCACACGCUCAACCUCGACACGAUGCAAAAGGAAGUCGACCGCAUCAAGGAUGAGCAGCGGGCGCUCAAGGCGCGUGUGGUGGGCAAGAAGGACCAGGUCGAAAAUCCGGUUCUGAAGGCGUUGAGGCUGGCUGACGAGGAGGCGCAGAGAAAGGAAGAGAUGGAACGAGAGGCGGCCAGAAGGGAAAGCGGAGAGUAUGUUGAGGUAAAAAAGGGUCAAGGGGACGCCAGCUCAUGAGUCACUUUGGAAUAUCUCUGUAUUGUUCAGACCGACUACACGUGGCUGCAGCCGACUGGUCUGCCCACCGGCUUCCCAAUCGUGAGCUGACUGACCACAGACAUACGAGCUUCAUGCACAAGUGUCUCUUCCGCUAAAGGAUGGUGCAUUGGAUGAGGAGACGGGCAAGUAUCCGUUCACGCCGAUACUCCACAACAUGCUUACUCUCAACCUCUACAUACCAAGAAAGUGAGCGCCCAAAGAAGGAGGAGGAGGAGGAGGAGGAGAAAGACUGCGUUGCUUUUGUGGGUCCCUUUCGCAGUUUUGUGGUCCAUUGCGAGGGUGACGGCCUGCAGACUGACGCUGAGCUGGAGAACACGGCUGGCGUGAGGCCGUCAGUCGACGGACCUUUGGAAGACUUCCUUGACGGUCGGCCAAAGCCAUCCUUACUGCACACACACACGCGCGAACUCAUGUAUGUCUGCAGACCUGUAUUGGCCGUUGCUGCCCCUUCAUCGCGCGCUGAUCCCCUGCCCUGACCCUGGACUGGGGAGGGGAUACGUCAAGUCAUGCUUCUUGCUCAUGACCCAGGAACAGAGUACGUACCUGAGGCAAACCACAGGAGGUUUCGUUUGACGAAAAUCUCAGUGCAUGUAAGCAGAUGGCCGGACGAUUGCGUCUGACCCCGUGAGUGCCGAUGUGACGUCGUAUGCAUUGGACCCCAAGACGUUUCGCACCCGAUUCAGGGACCGAAGCCGACUGCCAAGCCUAAUGAGGCUCAGGUUCGCAUACGGAAAUUCAUGCAGACAGAGGAGUAUUCUGCGUCUGUCUCCUUUCUGUCGCAACAGGCUGUACAUCAUUCGUGCAGUUGCCUUGCAGGCUCGCGAUGCGACGGGCUCGUCAGACCCAUAUCUUGUCAUCACCUACGGAGCAGACAGCGUGAGCUGAGCUGCGGCUUCACCCACCCACCCACCCAUUCACCACUCGCCCCUACAACCUUCAUUCAUUUGUGUGUGUGUGUGUCUCUAGGUAGACUACCGGUUCACGGCCAAGAAGCAGACCCUGCAGCCUGAGUUCUACCGCACGGAGGAGCGCGACAUACGGCUGCCCGACCAGAGCCAGGUCAUCAUAGAGGUGUGGGACAAGGAUGAGGGCAUCGGCCAACACGAUGACCUCAUCGGCGCAACCACCAUCGACCUCGAAGAGCGGUAG